GCCACGAAAAUUAGAAAAACGUGAUGCUCCAUUGAUGCGUGUGUGUGUGAGAGGGAAACCAUGGUAGGUGUUGGAUACAGCUGCAGCUGCUUGUACUUCUCUUCGCAUUCCACUGUUUUGCGAUCCUCUUCAACAAAUGUGAAGAACGCAAUAUCUGCAGGCAAUCCCAUCUGGGCCUCAACCAGUUCCUUCAAAUUCAAACAAAUUUCUUGCAAACUUCCCGAGAGUGAAACUGAAGCAAAUGAAGGGAUCUCAACCAGCACGAAAAUGGAAGAUUAUAACGUAGCAAUGAAGAGAAUGAUGAGGAACCCAUACGAGUAUCAUCACGAUCUUGGAAUGAACUAUACAUUGAUAACUGAAAAUCUUAUUGUUGGCUCCCAACCUCAGAAAGUUGGAGACAUAAAUCAUCUGAAAGAGGACCAGAAUGUCAGGUAUAUUCUCAACUUGCAGCAGGACAGAGAUGUAGAAUAUUGGGGAAUCGACCUACCAUCUAUAAUAGACCGAUGCAAGGAGCUCAGAAUCCAUCACAUGAGAAGACCUGCAAGAGAUUUUGAUCCAGAUUCCUUAAGAAGUGGAUUACCAAAAGCUGUUUCCUCACUCGAAUGGGCAAUUUCAGAAGGCAAUGGACGAGUAUAUGUUCAUUGUACUGCUGGUCUGGGAAGGGCACCAGCUGUUGCAAUUGCUUACAUGUACUGGUUCUGCAAUAUGGACCAGCUUAACAUGGCAUAUGAUACACUCACUUCAAAGAGACCUUGUGGUCCUAACAAGAGCGCGAUUCGUGGAGCCACUUAUGAUUUGACUAAAAAUGACCCCGGGAAGGAACCUUUUGAGAGUUUACCAGAAUAUGCUUUUGAGGAUGUAGCAGACUGGGAAAGAAAACUUAUUCAAGAUCGUGUCCGCGCCCUUCGUGGAACUUGAGAACACUGGUAUAGAUCUGGCGAGCAAUAAAGUGUUUUGUGGAGUUGGAUGCUAAUCGGUGAUAUUGAUAUAUUUCAAAUUCUAGGAGCAGGUGAUCCGAAGAAAAUGUUAUGUAGAAUAUGAUACCUCCAAGUCUUCGGCAUUAAUAAAGCAUACAUAUUUAAGAGCUGCUCUCUCACUGUCUGGUGUUAGUACUUGACAUGUACACCCUCUUCCAGAUCCAUCACAAGGAAAACAAAAACCAAGAUUAGAAAGGCAAGGUUGGGUAAGAAAGAGAGGUGAGGUGACUAGCUUAGUAAAUUUAUUCAAUAUCCACAAUAAAACCUUGUAAGCAUAUUCUGGUGGCCCAGUGCAGCAGAAUAGAAUGAUAUCUCCUCUGAGCUCUAAUAAAGACUAAUUUAGCAUCCA